AUGGAAUCUACCGACCCCUACGCAAAGGAGCUUCAGAUUGCCUGUCUCACAGUUCAGAGAGCCACGCUCUUGACGAAAAAGCUAUUGGAAGCUGUGGACAAGGGGUCUUUCGACAAGAAUGACGCCACCCCAGUGACAAUUGCUGAUUUUGCUGCACAGGCACUGAUUAUCGCUGCCAUUCACCAUGCUUUCCCCGACGAUGAGUUUGUCGGAGAGGAGAGCUCAGAUGCUCUUCGAUCCGAUCCUGCUCUCCUUGACAGGACAUGGGAGCUGGUCUCCUCUACCCGCCUGUCGGACGAGGAAAGCGAUGCGCUGCUCUACGCUCCGAGCAGUAAGGAGGAAAUGCUUGAUUUGAUUGACCUCGGUGCUCAGGGCAACUGUAGCAAGCAGAGCCGUGCUUGGGUUUUGGACCCCGUUGACGGCACCGCAACCUUUAUUCAAGGUCAGCAGUACGCCGUUUGUUUGUCACUGGUGGAAAACGGCUACCAGAAGGUUGGCGUCUUAGGCUGUCCGAAUAUGAAUCUGGAGACGGGUCGCCUUCAUGAAAACAUCGUCGACCGAGAUGGCUACGGGCACCAGGUAUUCGCCGUUGCCGGACAAGGCGCAUUUAUUCGGCGAAUGGGAACGGGAGCUCUCCUCCCCUCGCGCAAGAUCGAGCCAAAGGCGCAGAUUACGGACCCGAAAGAUAUCGAUUUUGUCGAUUGCGUGUCAGCGACAUCAUCCGACAGGAACAUGCAUGCCCGCCUUGCGUCGCAUUUGGGUGCACCUUGGCCGGCCUCGACGGACCUCUGGGCCGCGCAGCUGCGAUACAUCGCCAUCGCAGUGGGAGGUUGUAAUGUGAUGAUCAAAAUUCCGCAUAAAUCUUCCUAUCGGUCGAAGAUUUGGGAUCAUUCAGGUGGCAUGUUGAUCGCCGAAGAACUCGGAUGUACUGUUAGUGAUCUGGCGGGUAAUCCAGUCGACUGCAGCUUGGGCAGGACCCUGUCUGGUUGCUACGGGAUGAUCGUUGCACCUUCGUCCAUCCACAGCCGGCUCGUGGAGGCAGUGAAACAGAUCAUCCCCCCAAGUGGUUUGACAGGACAGUUCGUGCGUGAGGGCCAGGAGUACUUGUUGGGCUACCACAAGACGAACAAGACACCCGGCGGUAUUCGCGCGCAGAUGCAUUCGAAAAGGGUACUCUUGCUGCAUUUUGUCUGCUCACUGGCGGAAGAGACUCUCGGCUGCAUGCGCCAACAGGACCGUGCACUGAUCGACAACGUGGGGACGGCGAUCAACGGCAUAUGA